AUGUCGAAUAUAAAGAUGAAUCAGCCUCUCCUUGGUAUAGGGGUAAACCCCUCAGGGCGUCGUAUUCGGCUCUCUCAGUGGAGGUCAAAAGUUUUGGAGGAACGCAGUUUUAAUAUUUAUCCUACGUCCAAAUUGUGGUUCAGCUUUAACCACGUCCUGGACCGCAGUUAUCUAUGCGGCUUCAGAUCGGAGUUGAAUAUGUUUGGGUAUAAAGGUGAAUUAGUAAUAGCAAUAUCGCCAAAGCAACUCAGUGGCCUGCGACUGGUAUCAGAUAGCGAGGGUUUUAUAGCUUUACAAGUAAAGAACACCUUCUGGGAAGAGCAUUGGCACGGAUCUACCCUCGACUCGGAUGACCUGGUAUUUGCUCAGAUUGAAUGGCCCGUCGGUUACACUGUCAGGAUUGUCGCCUCAUUUGAUGCCUUCAAAAUUCACGAAGUAUCUAUAGAUCAUAGUGCGAGUCUGCCUCAACACCAAUCUAUGUCGUGGAAAUCUAGGCUGCCGCCUAACGACUUAAUACCAGUCGUUCUAACAGGUGGAGUCUCUGUUAACGACAUCAACGACGCCGUAGAGGGGUAG